AUGGAACCUGCUGGACUAACAGUUGGCGUCCUCGCCCUUGCAGGUCUCUUCAGCAACGCCAUACAAUGCUUCGAGUUUGUGCAGCUUGGUCGUAAUUUUGGAAAGAGCUUUCAAAUCAAUCAACUCAAGCUAGACAAUGCAAGACUUCGCUUGUCUAGAUGGGGCAAUGCCAUUGGGCUGAGCAACGAUCUCCAAGGGGCACGAUCGCUUGAAGAGCGCUUUGGUUCCCAAAACGUUGGACAUGCUAGAUCUUUACUUGAACAGAUUCUUGGACUAUUUGCAGAGGCUGAAAGUGUCUCGGGCAAAUACAAGAGCCGAUCCGAGCCUCAUGAUGGUCAGCUCGAAACCUUCGAUCCUCGAGUCGACUUAGAACCCACUGUUGCAGACCUCCACAACAAAAUGACCGAAUUGGCUGCCAGCCGACAAAACAAGACCGGAUUCCGCCAGAGAGCAAAGUGGGCAUUGUUCGAAGAGAAGACUUCUCGGAGACUUAUCGAGGACAUCACAGAUCUAAUCGACGGCCUGGUGAAGCUCUUUCGAGCAUCUCAGGAGACCCAACGAGAGCUUUGCGAUACUGAACUAUCCUCAAUCAGCACGAAGGAGAAUAUACAAGUAUUGGGUGAUAUUGCAGAGGAGCAAGACAAGUUUCUCAAGGAUGCCAUUGCGAAGGCCACAAGUAAAGACGACGGUGUUCACAACAUCGUCUUCUCAGGGAACGACAAUGCCGGUUUCCAGAUGGGUCACAACUCUGGUACCAUCAGUGGCCUCACUUUUGGAAGAAAAGAUUGA